GACAAGGCACUGAUUUGUCCGGCUCGUUGGAAGGCUAUGGCGGAAAGCAGCCCAGAAAGAGGGCGAUGCAUUCAUUUCGAGACCAGUAUGUAAGAGGGCCCGAAUUCCGCUAUUGCUCAGGGAUCUAUGAGCGAUUGAGACCGAAUCCCCCGAGAUUCGUGUGAUGCAUGUGUCUCUGUCUGAGCAGAACGACUAGUAUUCUUCCCAAAGGAAAGAAGACACGAGAAAGACAGACAGGCAGACAGAUCCGGGACUUUGAAGGAGAAGAAGAGGAAGGAAGCGGUGGAUUUCUUUCUCCUUUCUGACGAGUUUCACGAAGGCAAGACAACGACCUUUUGUUGGGUUGGCUUUCGCUUUCGAACUGCUGAGCAUUUGUGACAAGAGAGUCGGUGAGAUGACGACCGGUUGGGCUGUGAAGAACGUGGAAUCGAAGGCGGAGCUGGAUUCUGCCGUCGCCCAGGGCGGCCCGGCCUUUGCUCACUUUUGGGCCUCAUGGUGCGAACCUUCCAAACACAUGGAUGAAGUUUUCGCGCAGCUCGCGGUGGAUACUCCAUACGCCCAGUUCUUCCGGGUCGAAGCUGAAGAGCAGCCCGAAAUAGCCGAGUGUUUUGGCGUUACAACGGUUCCAUAUUUUCUCUUCUUCAAGGAUGGAGCCGUUGUUGAUAAAAUGGAGGGUGCCAAUGCACCUGAGCUCGCCAGCAAAGUGGCAAAGCAUGCAGGUGCCCCUGUUGCGGGUACAAUACCUGCUGCUCCUGCCAGUUUGGGUAUGAGUGCUGCACCCAUGGUGUUGGAAGUGGCCCAAAAAUCUCACCAGUCGAAUGGCAACCAUGCAGAGGACGUCAAGGAUCCAUCCCCAGGUCUCAAUGAGUUUCUGAAGGCGGAGAUUCAAUCUUUAAUUACUUCGAAGCCCAUUAUGUUGUUCAUGAAGGGGAACCCCGAAGAACCAAGAUGCGGAUUUAGUCGGAAGGUGGUCGAUGCUCUAAAGGCCGAAGGAGUUGAGUUUGGAAGCUUCGACAUUCUAAGCAACGACGCCGUGAGACAGGGAUUGAAGAUUUUUUCUAACUGGCCUACAUAUCCUCAGCUAUAUGUGAAGGGUGAGCUCAUUGGGGGAUCUGAUAUAAUCCUUGAAAUGUCCAAGAACGGUGAGUUGAAACAAGUCCUUGCUGACACCAUGGUGGUGGAUACGAGCACAUUGGUAGCAACCAACGGUGCUGUUACAGACAACGGUGACUCUACUCUACAAAGCGAAACAGCCAAAGCAGAGAGCGAUUUAAAUCAAAGAUUGAAGAGUCUUGUUAACUCAAAGCCCGUGCUGCUAUUCAUGAAAGGUACUCCGGAGGAGCCCAGGUGUGGAUUUAGCCGCAAGGUCGUGGGCGCCAUGAAGGAGACUGGUGCCGAGUUUGGUACCUUCAACAUUCUCGCUGAUAACGAAGUCAGAGAGGGGUUGAAGGCAUUUUCAAACUGGCCCACAUAUCCUCAGCUCUAUGUGAAAGGAGAGCUCAUUGGUGGAUGUGAUAUCAUCAUGGAGAUGCACCAAAAUGGCGAGCUGAAGCAGACAUUUGCCGAGAAUGGUUUGCUGCAGAAGCCAAGUCUGGAUGACAGACUGAAACAUCUCAUCAACUCAUCAGAGAACAUCCUUUUCAUGAAGGGCACCAAAGAUGAGCCGAGGUGUGGCUUCAGUAAGAAAGUUGUCAAUGCCUUGAAGGAAACAGAAGUGGACUUUUCAACUUUUGAUAUUCUAAGUGACGAGGAGGUAAGGCAAGGGUUGAAGACGUUCUCCAACUGGCCAACGUAUCCUCAGCUAUAUCACAAAGGAGAACUUCUUGGAGGGUGUGACAUCAUAAUGGAGAUGAAAGCAAGUGGAGAGCUGAAGGGUGCUUUGACUGAAUAAGAGACGGUCAUCACUCACAGUAGCAAUUCAAGAGCCUGCAUUUGCUUGUCAGAAGGGCUCAAAGGGAGGUAUUCCGAGCUUGAACAGAUAACGAGGGAUGCGCAAAGAGAAAAUGACACAUCGCGAAGUUCAAGUGAAUUCUGGCAAGUGACACUAAGUUUGAGCUUGGUAACUUGAUCGCACAGUACAACAGCUUCACCAAACAAGUAGUGUCAAAGGUUCAGUCUCUUCUGAACAGUUCCAUCCAGUCUGUCCGCUCACACACUUAGAGAUCUAAAACGGAAACUCCUGUAGUCUUUCUUCCCAUAUAUCCAGAAACCUCCCAUGAAGUAUCAAAUGUAAUUUCCAUCACCUUCAUUCAUAGUGAAUGCCACAGUGGUUUCCGCCCAGGCCUUUUGUUCUUU